CGGAAAGACAGACAUGACGAAACUAUAAGAGUUCCUUGUCAGGACUACGGAACCUUAAAAAGGAAAAUUAUUGAGGGGGUGCCAAAUCCAAGGGGUUGGUGGCAGUGGUCGGCGCGGGCCGGUACUUAAGGCCGCGCGGGCCCCGGCGCCGCCAGUCUCGCGCCAACCAUGCCCGCCCACACCGUCUCGCGCGCUCUCGCAGCCUACUUGCUCUGCGGAGCAGCCGUGGUCAGCGCCGCCCCCGAGCCGGAGUUACGUGGUUGUGGAGUAGCUGCGCGCACGCAGGGCGGAUGGGUGUGCGGCGCGCGCCGCAUCGACGCGGCCGGCGCGCCCUACGCCAGCUUCCGCGGCGUGCCCUACGCCAAGCAGCCGCUGGGCGAGCUGCGGUUUCAGGAGCUCCAACAAGUAGACAGCUGGACUGGCGUGCUGAACGCGACGGCUGAAGGCCCCGUGUGCCCGCAGUCCGACGUGGUGUACCAGGGCCUACAGACGCACGCGGGCGGCAUGAGCGAGGCUUGUAUCCACGCCAACGUGCACGCGCCGCUGGCCGCGCUGCCGCCGCCCUCCGCUUCUGAUGACGUCGUCGCCAACCGCUCCGGCCUCCCGAUCCUCGUGUUCAUCCACGGCGGCGGGUUCGCAUUCGGCUCCGGCGACACAGACCUCUACGGCCCGGAGUACCUGGUCAACAAGGGUGUCAUCGUCAUCACCUUCAACUACAGAUUGAACGUGUUCGGUUUCCUAUCGCUGGGCUCGGCGAGCGUGCCCGGCAACAACGGACUGCGCGACUGCGUGACGCUGCUGCGCUGGGUGCGCGCCAACGCGCGGCGCUUCGGCGGCGACCCCGCGCGCGUCACGCUGGCGGGGCAGAGCGCCGGCGCUGCGCUGGCCCAUCUGCUCGCGCUGUCGCCCGCCGCCAAGGGACUGUUCCAAAGGGUCGCGUUGCUCAGCGGCACCGGCAACAGCGAGUUCUUCAGCACGUCGCCGGCGUUCGCGCAGCUGGCCGCCGGCCUCCUGCUCGGCAAGCUCGGCGUGCCCGCGGAGCCUGAGGAGGCGCACCGGCGGCUGGUGGCGGCGCCGCUGCCGGCGCUGAUGGCGGCACACAGCGAACUACUGGAGCUGUUCGGGCUGUCGGUGUUCGCGCCGGUGGUGGAGGCGCCGCAUCCUGGAGUCAUCGUACUCGACGAGGACCCCGAUGUGUUGAUCGCGAAGGGCCGCGGCCGAGAUAUCCCGCACUUGAUUGGUUUUACCAGCGCCGAGUGCGAGACUUUCCGCCCGCGGCUACGGGACAUCAAUAUAGAGAAGAUGAUCGCGGGCACGGAGGCGGUUCUCCUGACGCCGAAGCUGACGUACCAGACGCCGCCCGCCACCGCGCCGUCGCUCAUCGCGGCGAUCCAGCGCGAAUACUUCAACGAGUCCAUCUCCAUCGAGCGCUUCAUCGCGUACUGCUCGGACGCGUACUACGCCUACCCCGCGAUGAAGCUCGCCGAGCGCCGCGCCGCCGCGGGCCGCACCUACCUGUAUCGCUUCGCGUACCCCGGCCAGAGGAGCCCGGUCAAGGAGGCGCUGCAGCUCAACUUUACGGGCGCAGGCCACAUCGAGGACAUGACGUAUGUGUUCCGCGCCAACGCGGUGCUGGGCCCGCCGGCGGCGCGCGAGCCGGGCGCGGGCGGCCGCGACGACGAGAUGCGCGCGCGUAUGACCGACUAUCUCGUCAACUUCAUGCGGGACAGCGAGCCGGCAUCAGCGUGCAGCUGGCCCGAGGUCACCCAGCCGCUGCAACUGAAGGACAUAUCGGCGCCCGGCGCGGAGCCGGCGCGCGCUCUGAGCGAGGAGCAGACGCGCGUGCUCGCCUUCUUCGACGGACUGCACCGCGCCGCCGCCAACUGACGCGCUAAGUGGCGACGAGAGUAGCUGAACUACUGCCCUAUUUUGCGACUGACUCGUGUAUUCGUACCACCGGUGUUAAAUCACUUGUAAUGUAAACAACUUUUAGAGUACGCAAAUCAUAGGGUUGAAACGACACAUCACGCCAUAACUGAUUAACUGUAUUGUAAUAUUGUUAUGAUUUGUGACUAAUAGCUUAGUUUUGCACCGGGUCCACAAAAUUUCGUCGUCAAAGAUAAAUCUAAUUUUGUUGUUGUUAGCAAGGACGAAAUGGGUGGCCCUUUAAGUAAUAUUUACGAUUCAUUUGUAAACGAGACCACAGAUUACAAUCAGUAACAGUAAAGUAAAAUCAAUAUGAGACUUAUAAAGCCUUAAAAAAUUAAUAAAAAAAAUGAAGACCGCGUAAAUUCAUCAAAAUUAUUUUAAUUAAUAAAUAAUGUGUAUUACGUUAUAUUAAGACCUUUAAAACUCUUUGCUAGCUAGUAGUAAUUAUUGAGUAAGAAGUAGGGUUAAGGCUUCAGCGAUCUACCUCAAGAUGACUACUGAUCUACGGGGAGUGUAAGGAAUUACUACCAAUGACACGCACCCAUCAAUCAAAAAGCCAUAACUUGCGUUCCUUUGUAAAAAAACAUAAUAUUUGACGUGAAGAAAAUGGUCAAAACUUUGUUUUUAAUCAAUCGUCAAAAUGUAAUAAACACAUUAAUAAGGUUGAAAAGACACAUAAGACGGACAAAAAGCACUUAUGUACAACAGAAUGUAAACUUAACAUAGUUAUCAUAAGUACGACUGACUGAAACAUUAGCCGUAAGAUAUAGAAUAAGUCGUGUGAUCGUGUGUACCUACAGUGUGUAUUAUUUAGCUAUGCGUGACCACGUGCUGGUCAGACGAUGCUUUUAUAUCAUUUUUAAACCAAAAAUAUCAUAAUUUUGAAUUUUAUACAGAAGAAUUGGUUGAAAUAAUCAUUAAAAUUAAAAAUAUGAAACUACAGACGCUUUUAAAUAUCGAUAUUCAAUGUAUAAUUUUGUAAUUUGGUCAAACAUUUUUAAUAAUGUUCAUGGAUCUCUGAAAAAUAGUAAUUUAAGUAUGUCAGUACAAAUAGUGCUACAAAUAAGUAUAGGCAUGAUUAUUACUUACAUACUUAGUUUUUUUAGUUUUAUUAAUAGUUUUAACUUCCUUAACCAAACCGGAUUGCUUCAAUGUUGUUAAUUUUAGAGGCAAUAAUUUUUAUUUAAGAGCUCAACUUCUUAGUUUAAAGUUAACUUAGUCGCAGUUACAUUUCGAGUUGUCCUUGUAGGGCUAUAAAAUCAUCACUCCAGGAACUUGUUUGACAUCUACGUAAACGACUUGAUAAAUGUGAACCAAAAAUCGCAGUCAUGAAUAAUUUGUAACCUCACAUCAACCAUUGAAUUUGAUUACAUAUAAAAUGAUUACAUGUUUGAAUGAGUAUUGUGAUUUUUAUAAAAUUAAUUAAGAUUCUUUAAAAUAUGUCGAUAAGCUUAAGAUAUAAUCUAAUGACAAAACAAUUUCAACAAA